CUGGAUCUUUGAAAACAGGCCACGCUCCUGCAACUGCCUGAUCGCCGGCACUGGCAGCUCCUCCACUCGCCCUCACUGCCGCCAUGGAAGAAGCUGGCGAUCCCAGGCUGCCGGAGCUUCCUAUGGAGUUCCUGUCCAGCUCGUGGAGCGCCUCCUCGCUUGAGGUCUCCAAGGCCCUUGGGCCAGCUCCCCCGGCGCCGGCUCCCCUCCUGCCGACCCUCACGAUCCCCGAGGACGCUGCAGGGGAGGUGGACGAUGGUGGCGCUCCUGCGGCGGCCGUCACAGGGAACCCUUUCUCCUUCGCUUCCUUCGCUUCCUCCGCUACCUCGCAGCUCGUCAUGGAGCGGAUCAUGUCGCAGUCGGAAGUGUCGCCUCUCACGUCAGGUCGACUAUCCCACAGCAGCGGGCCUCUGAACGGCGGUGGAUCGCUUUCUGAUAGCCCUCCCGUCUCCCCCUCCGACACGGACGACGUCAAGUAUGGCGCUACCGGCAACGCGCUCAAGCCCCAACCUUACAGAGGCACAAGCAAGACAGUGGGGAGGUGGCUGAAGGACAGGAAGGAGAAGAAAAAAGAGGAAACCCGAGCCCACAGUGCGCAACUCCACGCUGCAAUUUCGGUGGCCGGGGUGGCCGCGGCCGUCGCUGCAAUUGCCGCUGCCACCGCCGCAUCCUCUGGUUCCAGCAAGGACGACCGCGCCGCUAGAACUGACAUGGCGGUGGCCUCCGCGGCUACACUCGUCGCCGCCCAGUGCGUCGAGGCCGCCGAGAGCUUGGGGGCAGAGCGCGAGCAACUGGCGUCCGUGGUGAGCUCCGCCGUCAAUGUCAGGACUCCAGGCGAUGUAGUCACUCUAACGGCCGCCGCUGCGACUGCGUUGAGGGGCGCAGCUACGCUGAAGGCGAGAGCGCUGAAGGAGGUCUGGAACAUUGCGGCCGUGAUACCAGUCGAGAAGAGCGGGGUUGCUAACCACCACAACCAUCGCCACCGCAAGCAAGAGAAGGAAGUAGACAGCAACAACAGCAGCUUUAGCGAUGAGAUCGUCCUCGAGGAGAACUUCUUGGGCCUCUGUAGCCAAGAGCUCCUUGCGCGAGGGACUGAGCUCCUCAAACGGACACGGAAAGGCGCGCUUCAUUGGAAGAUCGUCUCAGUUUACAUCAACAAAAUGGGUCAAGUUAUGCUUAAGACGAAGAGCAAGCAUGUCGCGGCGACUAUCACCAAGAAGAAGAAAAAUGUUAUCGUGGAUGUGUGCAAGGACAUCCAAGCCUGGCCUGGCCGGCACUUGCUCGAGGGCGGUGAACUCCGCCGCUACUUCGGACUGCGGACGGCUGAGCAACGGGUCAUAGAAUUUGAAUGCCGGAGCUUGAGGGAGCACGAGAUGUGGACUCGGGGUGUGUCUCGCUUGCUCAACAUCGCCAAUGAGAAGAAGCAACUCUCAUGAACAUGAAUGAUGAACUCAAAUUGCUACCUGUAGAUUCCUACCAGCUGGGAAUUAAGAUUGUAUAAUUAUCCAAGCUAAGUGGUCGUUGGUGUUGCCCAUUUGGUUCUUCUUGUCUGUUGUUUGUGAGAUUAUUAUAGCUUCUGCUGCUACAAUCUACUAAGUGGAUGAAGUCAACUGUGGUCUGCCAUUAUUGUAGUGUCAUUUGUGAGAAGGAGCUUUUGACCGACACUAAAGAAGCAAAGAAUCCCACGUAAUUCCUUUGUUUAUUUAUA